AUGUCAACGGGACAGAAGCUUUUGGUUUAUCUUCCUGAGCUAGUUCACCCAUACAAUGACUUGGAUGGCCACGUCGAACUCGUUGUGGCUUCACCCAAGAGAGGAGAAGCUCCCGUUGAUCCGUAUUCCAUCGAGGACUCUAAAGAUGAUGAAGCUUGCCAGAGGUUUUUCAAGGAGAAAGAGCAUGUCUGGAAAAAUACUCACAAACUUGAAAGUUUCCUCGGUAAGUCUGAUGAGUACGUCGGAAUCUUUUUCGGUGGAGGUCAUGGACCAAUGUUCGAUCUCGCCGUAGACCCCACAUCUCACGCCCUGAUUCGAGAGUUUUAUGAAUCGGGCAAGUUGGUCUCAGCAGUCUGCCACGGGCCAGCGGCUCUGGCGAAUACAGUCACGGGGUUUUCCAAUGCCGAAGAGGAUGCUUACAAGUUCACUGACGCCAUGCCAUUUUUGCUUGAAGACAAGCUGAAAGAACAUGGUGGGCAGUAUGAGAAGGCUGAUCAGCUCUUUGGCGUCAAGGUGGUAACUAGCGGAAAGGACGAGAACCUGAUCACUGGUCAAAAUCCUCCCAGCGCUGGGGUCAUUGGCAAAGUCUUGUUGCAGGCUAUUCAGAAGGGCAUGGUUUAA